AUGAACCUUGCUUUCAUUUUUCCCUUUCUGUUCUUCGCCAUCGUUCCGGCCACAGUGGGAAUCAGCGACCCGACGGCUUAUGAGGCGUGCUUCGCAACGUGCAAUAUAGAACUGAAUAAGGAGAAAAAACUCGACAUGACCAAAAAAUCAGUCACGUGUUUCAAGAGGUGCAAGCCGACGCUGACAGACCAAGAGGCAGCGAAAAUACGGCAAGACAUCAAAUCACUGCCACCAGAGCAAAAAGCGCUUUUUAAGAGAUUGAUGACUUCAUAAAAGCGAUUUAAGAAACGUUAACUUGU